AUGAAAGGUUUACUAAUAUACACAUUUAUUUUUCUUUUAAAACAAUUGAUUGUCCGUUCAGAAGAAUAUGUUUGCGAUUUUAGGGCAAAAAAUUAUUUAUAUGACAAUCAGGAUAUGUCAUAUUGUACAAUUAAUGCAAAACCAUUUGAUAAAAUUACAUAUAUAUGCCCAAAUAAAGUAGGAGCACAAUGUUUUCAUAAUGUAAACACAUCAAAUAAUAUGGAAGCCCAUUUGGAUUCUUCCCAAAUUCACAUAAAUUACUUAUUAUAUGGAUCGACAAUAGAUAAAGAUACUCUUGUUGUACCUCCAACAGUUACAGAAACUGUUACAUUCUAUUGCUUUUGUCGUUUAGAAACUGAUGCUCCAGAAAAAAGUUUGAAACCACCAAAAUUUGAAGGAAUUGGUAAUCAUAAUGGAAAUAUAACAUUAGGAGAAAAUAUAAACUUCGAUAGUCCUAUAUCAAAAGCUUUAUAUAAACAAAAUAAAUAUAAAAAUUUAAUGGAGCAAGGAGAAAAAGAAAACGGUGAUGAAACUAUAAUUGAAAUGAAACCUGAGCCUGAACCUGAAUCUGAAUCUGAAUCCAAUCCUAAGGAUAAGCCCAAACCUAAGAUUAUUAAAGUCAUAUAUAAGGCUAUUAAAGACGGUAAGGUGAUUAAUCAAUCCCAAACUAAAACUGAAGAAGAAAAAUCUGAGACUUCUAAAGAAACACCUACAGCUGAUAAUGUUGAACCUGUCAAAAGAACAAAAUAUGGUGUAAUGAAAGUUACAGUUCAAAAAUCUUCUAAGGUAAUAAAAGGGUGUGAUUUUGGUAAUAAAUCUAGUCAAUAUUUUACUAACCCAUUGGCAAGUGGCAAAAAUGCAAAUAAUAAAUUGUGUAAAAUAAAUGCAAAACCAGGAGAAAUUGUUGGCUUUAAAUGCAUACAAGAGACACGUGGAUAUGUAGAACCUUAUGGAUGCUUCGAUAAUGUCUAUGUUAAUGAUUAUAAUACAAGUUUAAAAACUAUUCUUCCAGGGUAUGAAUCGUAUGCAAGUAAAACCGAUUCUACAACAGCUUUUUACUUAAAAUUGCCUCAAUUAAUAAACAAACCAUAUACAUUUGAAUGUAAAUGUAGAUCAAAUGAUUACAGUACUGAUUCUUACAUUUUUCAAGUAAAUGUAGAAUCAGGAGAAAGUGAUUUAAUUAAAAAAUCUUUUAAUUGA